AUGUGGCAAGGGACGCUGUCACUGCCUCUGCAGGCCUCGCCGGUGCCCGGGCUGCGGGGACACGGCGCACGGGUUUGCGGGUCUGCUGCUCCCCACAGCUGGGCGGAGACGGACAGAGAGGGCAGGGCAGGGACCCCAGGAUCCCCGCACCUACCUGACACCGCCGCCUUCCUCGCACUCGCUCGGCUCGGGGGAUUGACAGCUGCGUGUCCGAGGCCUACACCGACGCUGCGGCUGGCGCCGGCUCGGCCGCUGGAGGGUGCUGCCCGCCCGCGGUCGCUUCACUCGCUCCAGGGCGGCGGCGGGGGCGCGCACUCCCAAACCACCGUGUCUUCCAUUUCCUGCCUACCUGAUGGCAACAAAGGAGAAGCAGGUAACCAACUGGGAGUUGGAAAACUGGAGGAAUUGGUAAAGGUGGGGAAAUGGGAGGAGGAGGGAGAUCAGGUAGCAGCAGGAAAAAUUGUUGAUAGGAAUGAGGAAGACUGGGAAAAGUUCAGGGGAAAUGAAAAUCAGCUGCGGUUGGACCCCAGACAUGAAUAUAUUUUUGAUGUGGUGUCAACCUGUGUCCCUCUGGAGAGGUCUGACAUUGAAGAUGCUAUACUGGAAGGAUCGCAACUGGAACAGAUUGAUAAUUUUUUCAUUGUUGAUGGCAGACAAAGCCUUCUGUUCUUCUACCAAGAAGUGGAUCAUCCAGAACCAGUUGGUCUUGAGCCAAGUGGACCCAUGCCAGGAUUUGCAAGUUGCAAAGUGAAGAAGCUGUUUCUUACUGAUGGGAAACAUGCUGGUUUGACUGGAAUUUGUAUUGCUUUCCUUCGAGCAAAUGCCAGCAGAGCCAUCACAUAUGAAAACAUAUACAGGGAAGUAAGUUUCAAUGUUUUGGAUGCUGAAAGGCUUGGGCUCUUGAAGUCGGUCGAACAUCUGUUAGGUGAUGCAUUCAUACCUAUGCUGAAAAACAUGAACCAAGGAUGGGGACUGCUGAGCAAGCCUGAAUCUAUGACAGUUAGACAGGGAUUUCUCAAUUCCCUGGAUGGUUUUGUCAGUGCCCUCUCCACAGCACAACACAAUCUAGCCAAGGAGGUUCGAUUAGAACAAUGUGUUUCAGAAGAGCUGAAAUUGAAAUGGCCAUCAGAUUUUGGGCUGACGCCUCCUGAAACGUUGAAGCAAGCUGAAAAAAGUCUGAAAAUUUGGAUCAAGCAAAUUGAACAGGUACUUACUGAGAGUGAGCAGGUGAGGAAGGAAGCUGAUGAUGUUGGACCACGGGCAGAGCUGGAACACUGGAAGCACUGCCUGACCAGGUUCAAUUGCCUGACUCGGGAGAUCCGGCGAGCAGAUGUUAAAAUCGUUCUUGGCAUCAUCACAGCUGCUAAGUCAAAGCUGUUGAAGGCAUGGAAGGAACUGGAUAAACGAAUUACAAACGUAUCUAAUGAAGCCAAAGAUAAUGUGAAAUAUCUCUACACGCUGGAGCGAUUUUGUGACCCUCUUUACAACAACGACCCUAUUGAAAUGCUGGAUGCCCUUCCAGGACUCCUGAAUGCUAUUAGGAUGAUACAUGCAAUUUCCAUGUAUUACAAUACAUCUGAAAAGAUGACUUCACUGUUUACCAAGAUCACAAACCAAAUGAUAACUGCAUGUAAGGCAUAUAUUACCAAUGAAGGAACUGUUACAAUAUGGGAUUUAUCUCCAAGCACAAUAGUUAGCAAGUUGAUGGCCUGUAUUAGGCUUAAUCAGGAAUAUCAGUCCUGCUAUGGUGCUACCAAGCAAAAGAUGAAGGAGAACCAGAAGGAAAAAACCUUUGAAUUUAGUGAAAUCUGCAUUUUUGGAAAGUUUGACACAUUUGAGAGACGGCUUAGGAAGAUUAUUAAGAUGCUUGAGACUAUUAAAGUAUAUUCCAGCCUGGAGGAAUCCACUAUUGAGGGGAUUGAACAGAUAGCAAGCAAAUUCCAGGUUAUUGUAUCUGGAAUGAAAAAGCAAGAUUACAAUCUGCUUGACCAGAAAAAGACUACCUUUGAUGUGGAUUAUGAGAAUUUCACUACACAGAUCAAUGACUUGCAGGCUGAAAUCACACAGUUUAUGGACAUCACUUUUGACAGCAUCUCGAGCACUCCAAGGGCCUUGUCACUGUUAGAGAAGUUUGAAAAGCUUGGAAUACCAGAACUGAGAACAGACAAACAAUUUCAGAAAAUUCUCCAUAGUUACAGUAAAGAUAUCAACCACGUGUCCCAAAUUUACACAAAGGAAAACACUGACCCUCCGAUUCCACGCAAUUUUCCUCCAGUAGCUGGGAAAAUCAUAUGGGCUCGACAGCUCUUCAGACAUAUUCAAGAGCCCAUGUUGUUGUUUGAGAAGAGGCCUGGCAUCCUGCAGAACGAAGAUGCAAAAAGGAUCAUUCGCAGCUACAACAGAAUUGCCAGGGUUUUGUUGGAAUAUGAAGUGCUUUAUCACAGAGCCUGGAUACAACAGAUUGAAACUGUCCAGUUUGGUCUUCAAGCGUCUUUACUGGUUAAGCAUCCUGACACUGGAGAGAUGUUUGUGAACUUUGACCCUCAUCUUUCAGUUCUGAUGAGAGAGGCAGAAUGCAUGGUUCGAAUGGGUUUGGAGAUCCCUAAUAAUGCUAAAGCACUUCUACAAAAACAGGCUAUGCUGAAAAAGAUGUACAAUAAGCUGCAGCUAUUACUAGAAGAAAACUCCGGAGUACGUGGAAGAAUUAAGCCAGUUUAUGAAACCCUCAUUGCACCACAUGUGCAUGAGAUUGAUGAAGCUUUUCAGCCAGGUCUUGUGACACUAAACUGGACAUCAUUAAACAAUGACCAUUUUGUAGAUAAGGUGUAUGCAAAAUUAGGAGAAAUCGAUUUGCUGAUACACAGAAUAAAUGAACUUGUGGAAUAUCGUAUAGAGCGGAUCCUGUGGGAUAUGAGUACCGUAUCUUGUGAAUUUCCCGAGGAACAACCGUGGACGUGUGAGGAGUUUUUAAGACACACACAGGUGCUGCAUAAUAUUAUUAUCCAGGGUCUUAUUGAACAAAGCCCAGAGGUGAAACUGAUAUCUGCACCAAAGGGAGCUCAGUCAUUGCAAUGUAAGAGUAUGCUGGUGGAAGCAGCAACCAAUGAACUCAUUAAUAUGCUAUAUGAUGUGGAUUCCGAUGAUGAAAAUGACAUAGAAAGGAAGGAGACAGGAGAAUUUUACUAUGAUUUUAAUUUUCCCAUUUAUGAUAACCAAACCAAAGAAACAAAAACAUCUCUGCAGUCCAGAGUAGUCUUUUGCCCAGAUGCUCGUUCAACCUCGGCAGCAAAGAUUCUACAAGACCCCAAUUUUCUGAAGCAAGAGGCAAAAGAAUUACUCACUCACUUCAGCUAUCGUAACCUGGAAGCUCUCAUUAAGGUUAUCCGCAAUGCCCUGGAGAUGCUGAGAAAAUGCAUGCAGACUUCAUCCGUGGUCCAUUAUCAGGAUGUUGAUGCUGGCUUUCAGAAGCAAGUCUUCAGAUCAGUUCUCCAUGCUGACAUUUGUCUUGUCAUUCCUAAUAUUGAGCUGCAUCCCAGCCUGGAAGAAACCCAGAGUACUUUGAAUAAAGCUUGUGACUGCAUUAUCAAUGUUUCCAAGGGGUUGUCUGUGUGGGGAAAGAAAAGGAUGACAAGGAAAAAAAUGAAUGCUCAGAGAAUGGCUGAACUACGGAGAGGUGAUACACAGAGUGACCCUUUCAUUAAUGCUGUUGUAGAUCCUGCUGAAGCCGAUCGAUCAGGUGCAGAUACUGUUGCUGUCUACACCCAGACUAAUAAUUACUACAAAAUAAUUUCAGAAAAUAAAGAGAUAAUUAAGCUAGUUUCUCUUAUUUCAUCAUCCAUCAUCUCAUUUAGAAAGGACCUACAAGAAGUUUUGGAGAAAUUGAGCAGCUAUAGUUGUAUCUGGAAGAACGAUCGUGAAACAACUCUCAAAGAGUUUAUGAAAGAAAACCCUUCACUUUCUGAACUUGAGUUCCAAAUCAAGUUUUAUCGCAAUCUGCAGGUCCAAAUUCAAGCUGAACCCAGAGUUAUUUGUAUGGGUCCUUUUGCACUGUAUGCAGAUGACUUGAAGGUAGCCUUGAUGGAAGAAUGCAGAGCCUGGAUGACUGGGUUUUCUCAAAACUGCAAUAAAAAAUAUAGAACAAACCUGGAAAAUAUCUUGAUCUUCAUAGAAGAGACUUCGAAGAAAUUAAAUUGCCCAGUCAAUGAUCUGGAUGACAUUAGAAUAAUUGUGAGUUCUUUGAAAGAGAUGCGAGAAAAACAGAUUGAGAUUGAUUUACAAAUUGGACCCAUUGAGGAAUUCUUUGCCAUGCUGAAUAAAUAUGAGAUGCAAGUUGUUAAGGAGGAUUCUGACAGAGUGGAUACAUUGCGUUACACUUGGGAAAAGCUUCUCGUGCAUGGAACAGAAGUACAAAAUCAUCUCCUUUCUUUACAACCUUCAUUCCGUGCUGAACUGAUCAUCAAUGUUAAAACAUUUUUAGGAGAUUGUAAUACCUUUUUCCAAGACUAUGAAAAGGGAGGACCCAUGCAGCUUGGCUUGUCUCCUCAAGAAGCUAAUGACCAAUUGGUUAUUUAUCAGAAUCGUUUUGACAACCUCUAUCGCAAAUUUAUCACUUACACUGCUGGUGAGGAGCUCUUUGGGCUGCCGGUUACACAGUGCCCUCAGCUGUUAGAGGUAAAAAAAGAGCUGAACCUUUUACAGAAACUUUAUGGCCUCUACAAUAAUGUGAUCAACACAGUGAACAGCUACUUCGACAUCCUCUGGGCUGAGGUGAAUAUAGAAAAGAUAAAUAAUGAACUUCUGGAUUUUCAAAACAGAUGCCGCAAAUUGCCUCGAGGUUUGAAAGAAUGGCCAGCCUACCUUGAUUUAAAGCAGACCAUUGAUGACUUCAACGAAAGCUGUCCCCUGUUAGAGAUGAUGUCCAAUAAGGCUAUGAUGCCUCGUCACUGGCACCGCAUUGCCCAAGUCAUGAACCAAGACUUCGAUGUUGACGGUGAAACAUUUAAAUUGUCCAACAUAAUGGAAGCCCCACUUUUAAAGUACAAAGAAGAAAUUGAGGAUAUUUGCAUCAGUGCUGUGAAAGAAAAAGACAUUGAACAGAAGCUGAAGCAGGUCGUUGCAGAGUGGGAUAAUCAGUACUUCACAUUUGCCAACUUCAAAUCACGUGGUGAGCUGCUUUUGCGAGGUGACAACACCUCUGAGAUCAUCUCUUUUGCGGAAGAUAGUUUAAUGGUUCUUGGUUCCCUCCUGAAUAACAGGUACAAUGUUCCAUUUAAAGCACUUAUUCAAAAGUGGGUGCACAACUUGUCCACCACAACAGACAUCAUUGAGAGCUGGUUGACUGUACAAAACCUAUGGAUAUAUCUGGAAGCAGUGUUUGUGGGUGGAGACAUUGCCAAGCAGCUACCAAAGGAAGCAAAGAGAUUUUCCAAUAUUGACAAGUCAUGGAUGAAGAUAAUGAGCCGUGCCCAUGAAAUUCCUAAUGUGGUUCAGUGUUGCAUGGGAGAUGAAGCUAUGAUUCGGCUGCUUCCUCAUCUUCUGGAGCAACUUGAAAUAUGUCAGAAAUCAUUAACUGGUUACCUGGAAAAGAAGCGGCUGAUGUUUCCAAGAUUCUUCUUUGUAUCUGAUCCCAGUCUGCUCGAGAUCCUGGGCCAAGCAUCUGAUUCUCAUACCAUACAAGCUCAUUUGCUUAAUGUAUUUGACAAUAUUAAAUCAGUCCUGUUUCACGAGAAGAUCUAUGAUCGCAUUUUGGCUAUAAUCUCCAGAGAAGGAGACACUAUUGAAUUGGAUAAGCCAGUUGUUGCAGAAGGAAAUGUUGAAGUUUGGCUGAAUUCUCUUCUUAUGGAGUCUCAGAGUUCUCUGCACAGCAUUAUUCGGACUGCUGCCUAUAUAAUACAAGAGGAACACUUUAACCUUAUUGAUUUCCUGAAUGCUUUCUGUGCUCAGGUUGGCCUUCUUGGCAUUCAGAUGAUUUGGACUAGAGAUGCACAAGAUGCCUUAAGGCUUGCAAAAUCUGACCGUAAAAUCAUGCAGACAACAAACCACUACUUUCUGGAAAUGCUUAAUACACUGAUUGGUACAACAACCAAAGAUUUAGAUCUUAAUGAGCGUGUGAAAUAUGAAACUCUGAUCACCAUUCAUGUCCAUCAGAGAGACAUCUUCGAUGAGCUGUGUCGGUUGCAGAUAAAAUCUCCGACUGACUUUGAAUGGUUGAGACAAUGCAGGUUCUACUUCAAUGAAGAUGCUGAUAAAAUGCAGAUAGCAAUUACCGAUGUGGAUUUUACUUACCAAAAUGAGUUUUUGGGAUGCACUGAGAGACUAGUUAUCACUCCACUCACUGACAGAUGCUACAUCACAUUAGCACAGGCUAUUGGAAUGAAUAUGGGUGGUGCUCCCAUGGGCCCAGCUGGCACAGGAAAGACUGAAACUGUCAAAGACAUGGGCAAAUGCCUGGGCAAGUACGUGGUGGUCUUCAAUUGUUCGGACCAGAUGGACUUCCGAGGUCUUGGUCGAAUCUUCAAAGGACUGUCCCUGUCAGGUUCUUGGGGAUGCUUUGAUGAAUUUAAUCGGAUAGACUUGCCUGUGCUUUCAGUGGCUGCUCAGCAAAUCGCCAUUGUCCUGACUUGCAAGAAGGAACGCAGAAAGAGUUUUGUAUUCACAGACAAUGACACAUUAGAAAUGAACCCAGAGUUUGGUAUCUUUCUUACAAUGAAUCCAGGUUAUGCCGGGAGGCAGGAACUUCCCGAAAAUCUCAAGAUUAACUUUCGGUCAGUGGCAAUGAUGGUGCCUGAUCGUCAGAUCAUUAUCCGUGUCAAGCUGGCAAGCUGUGGAUUCAUAGACAAUGUCACCCUUGCUUGCAAGUUCUUUAUGCUUUACAAAUUGUGUGAGGAGCAGCUUUCCAAGCAGGUGCAUUAUGAUUUUGGACUCCGCAAUAUUUUGUCUGUUUUACGAACGCUCGGCGCCGUCAAGCGGGCCAGGCCUGAAGAUACUGAAUCUACGAUAGUUAUGGGAGUCCUUCGAGACAUGAACCUCUCCAAGCUGAUUGAUGAGGAUGAACCACUGUUCCUGAGCCUGAUAGAGGAUUUAUUUCCUGGCAUUCAGUUGGAUAAAGCCAGGUAUCCACAGUUUGAAGCAGCUAUUGACAAACAGGUAUUGGACGGAGGUCUAGUGAAACAUGUACCCUGGAAACUGAAGGUUAUUCAGUUAUUUGAAACUCAGCGUGUUCGACAUGGUAUGAUGACAUUGGGCCCAAGUGGUGCUGGAAAGACGACCUGCAUUCACACCCUCAUGAAGGCUAUGACAGAUUGUGGUCAGCCUCACAGAGAGAUGCGGAUGAACCCCAAGGCAAUUACAGCUGCUCAGAUGUUUGGCCGUUUAGAUGUAGCCACCAAUGACUGGACUGAUGGAAUAUUUUCAGUAUUGUGGAGAAAAACUCUUAGGGCCAAGAAAGGUGAAAGUAUUUGGCUGGUACUGGAUGGUCCUGUUGAUGCUAUUUGGAUAGAAAACCUUAAUUCUGUCCUUGAUGACAAUAAGACUCUCACUUUGGCAAAUGGAGAUCGUAUUCCAAUGGCCUCAAGUUGCAAGAUAGUUUUUGAGCCUCAUAACAUUGACAAUGCUUCUCCUGCUACUGUCUCCAGGAAUGGGAUGGUUUACAUGAGUUCCUCUGUACUUGACUGGAGGCCUAUUUUGGAGCGUUGGUUAAUGUUACGUUCACAACAUGAAGCUGAAAUUCUCAAGGAGUUGUAUGCAGCUGUGUUCCCAGAGCUUUAUCACUUUAGCAUACAGUCCUUAAAUCAAAAGAUGGAGAUGCUCGAAGCUUUUGUCAUUAUGCAGAGUAUUAAUAUGUUACAAGGUCUUCUACCACCCAAGGAGCAGACUGGUGAGAUCAACCGACAGAUACUGGAACGGUUAUUUACCUUUGGCCUCAUGUGGAGUGUUGGUGCCACUCUAGAGCUGGAUGAUAGAAGAAAGAUGGAAUAUUGGCUGAGAAAUCAUGCUUCUAUCAAAUUAGAUAUGCCGGAAAUUUCUUGCCUUGGUGAAGAAACAAUGUUUGACUACCUUGUGGACCCCAAUGGGAAUUGGUUACACUGGAGCAUGCAAGUAGAGGAGUACAUUUAUCCAGUAGAUACCAUUCCAGAAUAUGGAUCGAUCCUUGUGCCAAAUGUUGACAAUGUCAGGACUAAUUUUCUCAUUCAUAUUGUUGCUAAACAGCACAAGGGUGUACUUUUGACAGGUGAACAAGGAACUGCUAAGACCGUCAUCAUAAAAAGCUACCUGUCCAAAUAUAACACUGAGAGUCACCUGCCAAAAAGCCUUAAUUUUUCCUCAGCCACAACACCUCUAAUGUUUCAGAGAACUAUUGAAAGUUAUGUGGACAAAAGGAUGGGAAAUGUUUAUGGACCUCAAGCUGGAAAAACAAUGACUGUGUUUAUAGAUGAUAUAAACAUGCCUAUUAUUAAUGAGUGGGGUGAUCAGGUAACCAAUGAAAUUUUGAGGCAGCUGAUAGAACAGAGUGGGUUCUAUAACCUGGAGAAGCCAGGAGAGUUCACACAUAUUGUGGACAUGCAGUUUAUUGCUGCAAUGAUCCACCCUGGUGGAGGACGGAACGAUAUUCCUCAAAGGCUGAAGAGGCAUUUCUCCAUUUUUAACUGCACAUUGUCUUCAAACAUCUCCAUUGAUAAAGUCUUUGGAGUGAUUGCAGUGGGACAUUUCUGCAAGCAACGAGGGUUUACUGAGGAGGUUACGGGUUUGGCAGCUCAACUUGUUCCCAUCACACGCAAACUCUGGCAAAUUGUCAAAGUUAAAAUGCUUCCUACACCAGCCAAAUUUCAUUAUGUGUUCAAUUUACGGGACCUCUCCAGAAUCUGGCAAGGCAUGCUCAACACCACAGCAGAGGUCAUUCGUUGUAAAGAGAUUCUUCUGAAGCUCUGGCGACAUGAAUGUACCCGAGUGGUGGCUGAUCGCUUUACAAGUUCCGAGGACUGUGAAUGGUUCGAUAAAACGUUGAUGAAUGUUGCUGCUGAAGAAUUUGGGGAUGAAGUGAGGGAUGUCAUCAGUGCGGAGUCUGAAAACUUCUUUGUAGAUUUCUUGCGUGACCCACCCGAAGCCACAGGAGAGGAACCAGAGGACACAGAAUAUGAGAUGCCAAAAGUGUACGAGGCUGUCGAAUCUUUGGAGAUCUUGAAGGAGAGACUGAAUCUGUUCAUAUUCCUAUACAAUGAGACUGUACGUGGGGGGCACCUGGACUUGGUCUUCUUUGAGGAUGCCAUAAUUCACCUGGUCAAGAUAUCCCGCAUCAUACGAACACCUCGGGGUAAUGCCCUGCUUGUUGGUGUGGGUGGGUCAGGUAAACAGAGCCUUACAAGACUCACUUCAUUUAUUGCUGGGUACCAGACAUUUCAAAUCACACUUACCAGAUCAUACAGUACCUCAGACCUGUUGGAGGAUCUGAAGACUCUGUACAAAAUGGCUGGACAGGAGGGAAAUGGAGUAACCUUUAUUUUUACUGACAAUGAAAUCAAGGAUGAGGCUUUUCUGGAGUAUCUGAACAAUGUUCUCUCCUCUGGAGAGGUUUCAAACCUGUUUAAUCGAGAUGAAAUGGAUGAAGUUUGCAAUGAUCUUGCACUUGCAAUGAAGCAGCAGUUUCCAAGGCGACCUCCAACCAAUGAAAACCUGUAUGAUUAUUUUAUGAGCCGAGUGAGGCAGAACUUGCACGUGGUGCUUUGUUUUUCACCAGUUGGAGAAAAAUUCCGAAAUCGAGCGUUGAAAUUCCCAGCACUGAUUUCUGGAUGUACCAUGGAUUGGUUUAGUCGUUGGCCAAAGGAUGCUCUCAUUGCAGUAUCUGAACACUUCUUGUCCUCAUUUGAGAUUGAUUGCAGUCUGGAGGUGAAGCAGCAAGUGGUGAAGUGCAUGGGUACUUUCCAAGAUGGUGUAGCAGAGAAAUGUGUGUUGUACUUUGAAAGGUAUCGGCGUUCGACCCAUGUUACACCCAAGUCCUAUCUGUCCUUCAUUCAGAGCUAUAAAGCAGUGUACCAGGAAAAGCGGUCAGAGCUGCAGACAAUGGCAGAAAGAAUGAAGACCGGUUUGCAGAAGUUGAAGGAAGCCUCGGAGUCUGUUGUGGCCCUUAGCAAAGAACUAGAAAUAAAAGAAAAAGAGCUUAAAAUAGCCAAUGUCAAGGCUGACAUGGUUCUCAAAGUGGUAACCGUGAAGGCUCAGGCCUCAGAGAGAGUGAGAAUGGAAGUACAAAAGGUCAAAGACAGAGCCCAGGUGAUUGUGGACGGCAUAUCUGCAGAUAAGGCAGUGGCUGAGCAAAAACUUGAAGCUGCCAGACCUGCAAUGGAGGAAGCUGAGGCUGCCCUGCAGACAAUUAAACCAGCUGACAUAACCUUAGUGCGAACACUUGGACGGCCCCCUCAUUUGAUCAUGAGGAUAAUGGACUGUGUGCUGCUGCUGUUGCAAAGGAAGUUAAACCCAGUAAAACUUGAUGUGGAGAGGAACUGCAUUACACCAUCAUGGCAGGAGUCACUGAAGCUUAUGGCAGGAAACCCUCUACAAGCAUUACAGCUAUUUCCUAAAGACACCAUCAAUGAGGAGACGGUUGAACUGCUCUGUCCCUAUUUUCAAAUGCCAGAUUAUAACAUUGAUGUGGCCAGACGUGUUUGUGGUAAUGUUGCUGGUCUUUGCUCCUGGACUCGAGCCAUGGCCUACUUCCAUGGGAUAAAUAAAGAAGUCUUGCCACUAAAGGCAAACCUUACUGUACAGGAAAGUCGCCUGGCUAUUGCCCUGGAGGAUCUGAAGAAAGCUCAGUGUGAGCUUGAUGCCAGACAGGCUGAGCUUGAUACUGUGCAGAUGGAAUAUGAGCAAGCAAUGAGAGAGAAACAGACAUUACUAGAGGAUGCUGAGCGAUGCCGGCAGAAGAUGCAAAUGGCUUCAAGUCUGAUUGAUGGUCUGUCAAAUGAGAAAGAACGUUGGACUGAGCAAGGCAAAGAAUUUGCUGCUGAGGAGAAAAGACUUGUGGGUAAUGUUCUGCUGGCUACAGCCUUUCUGUCCUACUCUGGUCCUUUUAACCAGGAAUUCAGAAACCAAUUGUUGAACAAAUGGCAGCAAGAAAUAAUAUCACAUAAUAUUCCAUUCACCUCAAAUCUAAAUGUCUCAGAGAUGCUCGUUGAUGGGCCCACAGUUGGAGAGUGGAAUUUGCAAGGCCUCCCUAAUGAUGAUCUCUCAAUACAAAAUGGAAUCAUUGUUGCAAAGGCAGCUCGUUACCCUCUUUUGAUUGAUCCUCAGGCUCAGGGGAAGACCUGGAUAAAGAACAAAGAAGCUAAAAAUGAACUUCAGGUAACAUCACUGAAUCAUAAAUAUUUUAGAAAUCAUUUGGAGGACUGCCUUUCACUUGGAAGACCGUUAUUAAUUGAAGAUGUUGGAGAAGAAUUGGACCCAGCACUGGACAAUGUGUUGGAAAAAAAAUUCAUCAAAACUGGCUCUACAUAUAAGGUGAAAAUAGGAGACAAGGAGUUAGAGGUCAUGAAUGGUUUCAGAUUACACAUCACCUCAAAAUUGGCCAAUCCUGCUUAUACUCCUGAAAUAAGUGCCCACACUUCAGUUAUUGACUUCACUGUCACCAUUAAAGGUCUGGAGGAACAACUGUUGGGACGAACCAUUCUCACUGAGAAGCAGGAACUGGAGAGGGAGAGAACAAACCUGAUGGAGGAUGUGACUGCAAAUAAACGGAAGAUGAAGGAGUUAGAAGAUAACCUCCUUUAUCGUUUAACAACCACCCAGGGUUCCCUGGUCGAUGACGAGAGCCUGAUUACAGUGCUUCGAAAUACCAAGCAGACAUCUGAAGAGGUAACAGAGAAGUUGAAGACAGCAGCUGAGACAGAAAUGCAAAUAAACAGUGCUCGAGAGGAGUACAGGCCAGUUGCUACAAGAGGCAGCAUUCUUUACUUCCUGGUUGUUGAGAUGAGCAUGGUGAAUGUGAUGUAUCAGACAUCACUGAGGCAAUUCCUUGGGAUCUUUGACCUAUCAUUAGUCAGAUCCAUCAGAAGUCCGUUCACCAGCAAGAGAAUAGUGAGCAUCAUUGAUUAUAUGACAUAUGAGGUCUAUGCAUACACAGCUCGUGGAUUGUAUGAACAACACAAAUUCCUUUUCACGCUUCUGCUCACAUUGAAAAUUGACAUGCAGUGCCACAAGGUUAAACAUGAAGAAUUUUUUACUCUCAUUAAAGGUGGUGCCUCUCUGGACCUCAAAACUUGUCCCCAUAAACCCGCCAAAUGGAUUCUUGACAUGACUUGGCUGAAUCUGGUUGAACUUAGUAAACUUCAUCAGUUCAGAGACAUCCUUGUCCAGAUUGGUCGAAAUGAGAAGCAGUGGAAGAGCUGGUUUGAUAAAGAUGCCCCAGAAGAGGAAGUGUUUAUGCCUGAUGGUUACCAUGAAUCCCUGGACUGCUUUCGCAAACUCUUAUUAGUCCGAUCUUGGUGUCCUGACAGAACAAUUGCACAGGCUCGUAAAUAUAUCAUGGACUCUAUGGGCAAGAGGUACGUGGAAGGUGUCAUCCUGGAUCUUGAAAAGAGCUGGGAGGAAUCUGACCCCAGGACCCCUCUCAUCUGUUUCCUCUCCAUGGGAUCUGAUCCUACAGACCGCAUUGUUGCCCUUGGAAAGAGAUUGAAAAUUGAGACUCGCAAUGUGUCCAUGGGCCAGGGCCAAGAGACACAUGCACGCAGAUUGCUGCAGCAGACCAUGUCAAGUGGAGGUUGGGCUUUACUGCAGAAUUGCCACCUCGGACUGGAUUUCAUGGACGAAUUGAUGGAUACAAUUACAGAAACUGAGACGAUUCAGGACUCAUUCCGACUGUGGAUAACUACUGAGGUCCACAAGCAGUUCCCUAUUACUUUGCUGCAAAUGUCGAUAAAGUUUACCUAUGAACCACCGCAAGGAUUAAAAGCUGGACUGAAACGCACUUAUUCAGGUAUCACCCAAGACCAACUUGAGGUCAGUGACAUGCCGCACUGGAAAUUCAUGCUGUAUGCAGUCGCUUUCCUUCAUUCCACCGUGCAAGAAAGACGCAAGUUUGGACCUCUUGGGUGGAACAUCCCUUAUGAGUUCAACCAAGCUGACUUAAAUGCCACAAUCCAGUUUGUUCAAAACCACCUUGAUGAUCUGGAUGGAAAAAAGGGUGUGUCAUGGAACACAAUUCACUACAUGAUUGGAGAGAUCCAGUAUGGAGGACGUGUCACAGAUGAUUACGACAAGCGACUUUUGAACACAUUUGCUAAAGUGUGGUUCAGUGAAAACAUGUUCAAACCAGACUUCUGCUUUUAUAAGGAUUACACCAUACCGAACUGCACUACACCAGAACAAUAUAUACAGCACAUUCAGAGCCUACCAGCGUACGACACACCAGAGGUCUUCGGCCUUCACCCGAAUGCUGAUAUCACUUAUCAAAGCAAACUUGCUCAAGGUGUCCUUGAUAUAAUUCUUAACAUCCAGCCAAAGGACAGCUCAGCAGGGGACGGAGAAACACGGGAGGCUGUCGUUUCCCAUAUAGCUGAUGAUAUAUUAAUGAAAUUACCUCCUAAUUACAUAGCUUAUGAAGUUAAAAACAGGUUGGCAAAGAUGGGUGCUAUUCAGCCAAUGAAUAUCUUCCUUCAUCAGGAAAUUGAUCGAAUGCAGAAAGUCAUUUCAUUGGUGCGCAGCACAUUAAUGGAUCUGAAACUGGCCAUCGAUGGUACAAUUAUUAUGACUGAAAACUUGCGCGAUGCACUAAACUGCAUGCACGAUGCUCGUAUACCAGCUAGGUGGCUAAAGGCAUCUUGGGCCUCAAGUACUCUGGGAUUCUGGUUCACCGAAUUAUUGGAAAGGGAUCGUCAGUUCCACUCUUGGAUAUUUGAAGGGAGGCCAAAUUGCUUUUGGAUGACAGGUUUCUUCAAUCCUCAAGGCUUUCUUACAGCUAUGAGACAGGAAGUUACACGAAUUCAUAAGGGCUGGGCUCUGGACAGCGUAGUGCUUCACAGUGAUGUCACUAGAUUAUCAAAGGAAGAUAUUAUAAACUCUCCUCCUGAGGGAGUCUACAUCUUUGGCCUGUAUCUAGAAGGUGCCGGAUGGGAUCGGCGCAACCACAGAUUGACAGAAUCCAAACCAAAAGUUCUGUUUGAAAUGUUGCCCAUAAUUCAUAUCUCUGCUAUAAACCACCAUGGUAAAGAUAUACGGGUGUAUUCCUGUCCUGUGUAUAAAAAGCCAUUAAGAACAGAUCUGAAUUACAUUGCUGCUGUUGACUUGAGAACAAGCCGGCCUCCUGAUCACUGGGUACUGAGGGGUGUUGCAUUGCUCUGUGAUGUGAAAUAGGAUAUUUACUUGAUGAUCGAAUCAUGGUAAAGAUCCAGAACGAGCAUGAAAAUGAAGAGGAAACAACGUUGAUCAGAAAUUAACAAUGGUAUACUAAUUAUGUUCCAGUUGACUAUUACUCAAUUUCAGUGAAAGAAAUCUCACCAUGUGCUGUGACACAAAAGAAAGUUCUUGGCCUUCCUUUAGCAGUCAUUAGUAGUUAUCUGGCCGAGUAAAGUUCAAACUAACAACUUAUGAUUGUGCAGCAAAAGCCACAGAUCUGCUGUCACAUGAUCAGAAAGUCUCAAACAGAUAGUUACUCUGUGAACUUUACUUGUAAAAUAAUAAUGAUGUUGUUGAAUCUAUUUGUGUUACAUAGCAGUUUUAUAAUUAUUUUGUUUGUUUAUCCUGAGAGCUGUGUGGCAUGGCAGAUUUGAAUAUAGUCUAUGCUUCCAUGCUUAACAGAAAUAUGAUACACACUUGCAAAAAUGCUGAUUUGCUCAUACAUUCAAGUGCUACAGAUGCAACAAAUAAGCUCACAAAACUACAGUGUUGCUGACUGCUGCAGAGUCAGCAUUAUUUGAGCUUUAUCUGAUUGGGUACAAGUGAAGGACUCUACUUUCACUUGAUCUCUUCAUUAUUUUGCUUUCUGCAAGUUGGGAAGUAGAAUGUGGAGAACCUGUAGGUGUCUGAUUGGGAAUUAUCAGUUUCAAUGUACAUAAUUACUGGUUAGCAAUUAUUUUAAAUGGAAGUUAUGGAGAGGAAUUAUACAGUA